UCAUUUCAGUUCAGUUCAAUUCAGUUCAGUUCAGAUCAGAUCAGUUCAAUUCAGUUCAGCAUGACCACUUAUGAAUGAACUUUGAAUAGACAGUCAAUUUGUAUGUUUUGUAUGCACUAUGCAGGGAGAUAAAUUGAUGGUAAAGGUCGACAAGUUGAGCUCAGUUAAGACUCAACUUCCAUACUCAUACUAUUCACUUCCUUAUUGUACCCCUGACACUAUUGUUGAUAGUGCGAAUAACCUUGGUAAACUUCUUCGUGGUGACCAAACUGAAGAUUCUCCAUAUGUGUUCAAAAUGCUGGAACAUCAAAUGUGUAAUGUUGUUUGCCGGAAAACACUCGAUGCGAAACAAGCCAAGGAAUUUCAAGAGAAAAUUAAUGAUGAAUAUCAAGUUCAUAUGAUCCUUGAUAACCUUCCUUUAGUUAUUCCAGCAGCGAGACGAUUUCAUUUGCUUGGCUUUCAUGUUGGGUUUAAGGGGAAAUAUCACAUGGCGUCCGGUGUAAAGUUUUUUAUCUUCAACCACCUGUCAUUUAAAGUAAUAUAUCAGAGAGAUAUGCAAACCAAGACAUCAAAGAUAGUAGGACUUGAAGUGGAGCCUUUCAGUGUCCAUCAUGAGUAUGAAGGGGAAUGGAGUAAUACUACUCGUUUAAUAUCCUGUGAUCCUCGUACAAAUCGUUCAGUUACGAGCUCUAGUAACCCACAAGAAGUUAUAGAGAAGCAAGAAAUUAUAUUUACAUAUGAUGUUUCAUUUGAGCAAAGUGAGGUCAAGUGGGCAUCUAGGUGGGAUGCCUAUCUCCUGAUGAACAAUAAUCAAAUACAAUGGUUCUCAAUUCUCCACUCUUUGAUGAUUGUCCUCUUCCUCUCGGGAAUGACGGCAAUGGUUAUCUUGCGCACAAUAUACCGCGACAUUUCCAAGUACAAUGAACUCGAGACCUUAGAAGAAGCCCAGGAGGAAACAGGUUGGAAAGUAGUCCAUGGAGAUAUUUUUAGGCCUCCAGUUAAUUCAGACUUGCUGUGUAUCUAUGUUGGAACUGGUGUUCAGUGCUUCGGGAUGGUGGUACUUACCAUGAUGUUUGCUUUGCUUGGUUUCCUCUCACCCUCAAACCAUGGUGGUCUUAUGACUGCAAUGCUCUUUCUUUGGGUCUUCAUGGGUACCUUUGCUGGUUAUGCCUCUGCUCGACUCUAUAAAAUGUUUGAAGGAACAAAAUGGAAGCAGAUUGCUCUUCAAACAUCAACCAUGUUCCCGGGAACUAUUGUCGUUGUUUUCUUCAUCUUAAACGUUCUCAUUUCGAGUGAGAAAUCAUCUGGGGCAGUUCCAUUCGGGACAAUGUUCUCCCUCAUAGUUUUGUGGUUUGGUAUCUCCUUUCCGUUUGUUUUUGUUGGUAGUUACGUUGGGUUCAGGAAGCAAGCAAUUGAAGAUCCUGUUGAAACCAACAAUAUACCUAGGCAAAUCCCAGAGCAAGCCUGGUAUAUGAACCCCAUCUUCUCAAUCCUCGUUGGAGGCCUUCUUCCAUUUGGUGCUGUUUUCUUCGAGCUUCACUUCAUCUUCACCUCUAUCUGGCGCCAUACGUUUUACCACAUCUUCGGCUUCCUCUUCGUCGUAUUCAUGAUUCUUAUCGUGGCCUCAGCUGAGAUCUCCAUCGUGCUUUGCUACUUCCAGCUGUGCAACAAGGAUUAUCUCUGGUGGUGGAGAUCUUACUUGACAUCCGGAUCUUCCGCCCUCUACUUGUUCCUCUAUGCAACAUUCUACUUUUUCACCAUGCUUGAAAUAACCAAGCCAGUAUCUAUAAUGUUUUACUUUGGAUUUAUGUUGAUCGCCUUUUAUGUAUUCUUUGUUCUUACCGGUACAAUUGGGUUCUACGCAAGCUUCUGGUUUACGAGGCUCAUCUACUCCUCUAUGAAGAUUGACUGAGUAUGAUAUUGAUACCCCAUUAACAAAAAUGUUGGGAGAGGACGUUAAUGCACAACUAUAAUAUUAUUGUAAAGGCCAAUUCUCAUAUAAAGUACGGUUUAAAUGUUUAAUGAGCAUGUAUUAUCUUUACAUAAGUCAUGUAUUCGUGUGAUUUUUCUUCAAACAAA